CGACCAAUAAUGCGCUACUAUGGAACUGCACAGAUAUUAACAUCCACUCGCCUAGAUGCACCAAGAAGGUCUAGCCUUGCGAAGGGCGUGCUACCUCAUUCCGAGCCUGUCUCUCACGGUGUGGAAUUCUCUGGAUAGAACGACGUGCGCAACAGCUACCCUGGAGGCCUUCGCGGGUGCGUACAAUAGGACAGCUAAUCUUACUUACUUGUACGGUGAGCCCUUAGAUCCGGAGAAUUCCCUACCGCAAGAGCCUGUGCCUCCAGGCGCCGCAAUCCUAGAACCUUACAAACACACCCCCGGUCGAACAAUGGACCGAUACAGCGGCGCAAGCGCGAUGGAAGGAGGAGCUCAACUGCCUCAUUUCGAUGACCUUCCCUCCGUUGAGGGCAUGCCUCAGGGCUGUGCAUGGGGAGUCUUCGAUAAAGAUGGGAAGAAAGACUUGCUCGGGACGCUGAACCUGCUGACGCCCGCUGUGGUCGCCGAAGCCUGCAAGGAGGCUCGAGAUGGCGUUUCUAUCUCGCUCAACUGGCCUCUUAAUGGCAAUAAGAUCCCGAUGGGUCGUGUUGCUCCGACGCACAAGGUGAUGAAGCUUAGUGAGAUGGGGCUCAUUCAGGGGUGUGGCUGGGAUGACGAGCUUACGUUUAAUACGCAGGCGAGCAGCCAGUGGGACAGCUUGGUCCAUUGGCAGCACCAAACUUCCGGGCUGGCCUACAACGGAAUCAAAGUAACUCAAGAGGGACUCUGCGCUACUUCCACGGAUGCGAAUCAGAUGCCGACGCUGGAUCACUGGCAUACUUCCGGUGGCCUAGUAGCUCGCGGCGUCCUGAUAGACUUCAAAGCCUGGUACGAAGCAAAGGCCAUUGCAGACGGCAAUUCCGGGGAAGAAGCCAUCUUUCACCCCUUCGGCGACCAUAAUCGAAUCACCGUCGCGGACCUUGAGGCUGUUGCCAAAGAUCAGUGUGUUGAGUUCCGCACAGGAGACGUGCUCAUCAUCCGCACGGGCAUGACCGAGGUCCUCGAAGCUCCGACUCCUGGGGACUUCGCGAAAAUGCAGAAGAUGCAGAUUGCAGGCAUGCACGGUACACUUGAGGCCGCGAAAUGGCUUUGGAAUAAGCACUUCGCUGCAGUGGCAGGCGAUUCGGUAUCGUUUGAGGCUUUGAUGCCGAUCAAGGAGGACGGUUCGGUAGGGAGCCCGGAAGACCUUGUGUUGCACCCUUGGCUCCUUUCCAUGUUCGGAAUGAGUAUCGGUGAGCUGUGGGACUUGAAGGCGCUGUCCGCGCAUUGCAAGAAGACGAACCGGUACACGUUCCUACUUACUUCUGCGCCGCUCAACAUUCCAGGACUCGUCGGGUCGCCUCCGAACGCGCUCGCCAUAUUCUAGAAGAGGAGUAGUUUCGGGUGUGGGCUAUGGUUAUCGGGAUGAAGGAAGUAAUAGACGUCGAGGGGAAGUAAGUCCG